CAUUAUUUGCAAUAUUUUUUCCCUUUUUGGUUAUAUUAAAAUAUAUAAUAUUUUAUAAAGUUGGAACUAUUUAUAUAUCUAUCUCAGUUUUAAUCUAGUCAUAUCUCUAAGUCUCCAACGUCCAUUCCUUCUCAGAACGCUGUCAUGACUCAAAUCAUCGAGCACAUCGUCCUUUUCAAGGUCAAAGACGAUGUCGACUCCAACAAGAUCGAAGCCAUGGCCAACGACCUCAAGAACCUCGCCACCAUCGACCAGGCGCUUUACCUCUUCGCCGGUCCUAUCCACCGUCUCAUAUCCCCCCUAAGCUUCACUCACGUCCUUCACAGCCGGUACAGAUCCAAGGAAGAUCUCAACGCGUACGUUGCACAUCAUGUUCACCUUCGCGCCGUCGAGGAAUGGAUGCCUGUCUGGGAAGACGUCAUGGCCUUUGAUUAUAUCGCUGAUCAAGUUCCUGGAAACCUAACACCACCUCCAGGAUCGGUAGCGAAGAUCACGUUACUUAAGGUGAAAGACAACCUCUCGGACGAGGCGAAGACGGAGAUCAUGGAGGUGAUGAAGGAGAAGUCUCCAGGAGCUGAGCAGAUCACAGUGGGACUGGGAGAAACCUUCUCUCCGGUUAAUGCAAAGGGUUUCUCGAUUGCAUCGGUUGCGUAUCUGAACGGUCUGGGAGAAACUGAGGCUGUCAAGGACUUGGUGAAGGAAAAGGUUGGUGAUUAUGUCGAUGAUACCAUUGUUGUUGAGUUCGUUGUACCUUUGUCCUCAUAAGUCUCUGUUGAAAAAAGACUCAAGUUUCAAUUACUUGAAGCCUUUGUUACUGUCGAAUAAAUAAUGUUUCAGAAACUUUGGACCAUGCAGUGCCUUCCAUUUUCU